UUAUACUUGAGGACGGAGCCGCUUCCCAUCGCUCUCCCAGACCAGGCGCCAAGUGUAGCAGUCCCGUCCGCACCUCUGAAGCCCGCUGUGCCCAUGGAUACUGCCGCCCCGCAUAUUUCCACACCGCACUGACAAACCGUAUCUCUCAACGAGGUACCUUGGAUAUUUACUUCUGGACUGUUGUGUUCGUUGUCCUGAGUCCUCUGCGCUGCGUGACGCGAAUGGAGAAGGUCCAAGGAUAACAGAGGGUGCAGGAUUUUGCUACUGCAGAAGACCUGCCGGUAGUUCGCUCCCCGCCUGUCUGUCAGAGGCUGUGGUGUCGCAUCCAAUAUUUUCAUUAUCUAAAUCGCCUUGCAUGGAUGCAUCAUGGCUACGUUCAUAUGCCGGGUACAGUUCUUAGAUGAUACUGAUCCAUUUAACAGCACCAAUUUCCCCGAGCCCACCAGGCCACCUCUGUACACUUUCAGGGAAGAUAUUCCUCUGAUAAAUCAGAUUGCUGGAGUCCACAGGCUGCUUGCAGCCCCGCAAAAGCCUGAUGACUGUGCACUUCAGCUGUCCCACAAUGGCAGCUACCUGGACCUGGAGUCGACCCUGGCAGAGCAGAGAGAUGAACUGGAGGGAUUUCAGGAGGAAGGAGGAAGAGGCAAGAAACACAGCGUUAUUCUUCGAACGCAGCUGUCCGUCCGAGUUCAUGCCUGUAUUGAAAAACUCUACAAUUCAACUGGACGGGAGCUACGGAGAGCCCUCUUUUCCCUCAAGCAGAUUUUUCAGGAUGACAAAGACCUGGUGCACGAGUUUGUCGUGGCGGAAGGACUGACGUGUUUGAUAAAAGUGGGCGCUGAAGCCGACCAGAACUACCAGAAUUACAUCCUCAGGGCUCUUGGUCAGAUAAUGCUGUAUGUGGAUGGGAUGAAUGGCCUCAUAUCUCACAAUGAAACGGUCCAGUGGCUUUACACCUUGGUCGGAUCCAAGUUCCGUCUGGUGGUGAAGACAGCUCUAAAGCUGCUGCUGGUGUUUGUGGAGUACACCGAGUCUAACGCUGUGCUGCUUAUAAAGGCUGUGAACGUUGCGGAUGCCAAAAGAGGCACAAAAUCGUGGUCAAACGUCAUUGAGAUCCUGGAUGAGAAGGAUGGAGUGGAUACAGAGCUGCUGGUUUAUGCAAUGACGCUCAUCAAUAAGACUCUGGCAGGCCUCCCAGAUCAGGACUCAUAUUACGACAUGGUGGACUGUCUGGAGGAGCAGGGCAUCGAAGCUGUGGCCCAGAGACACCUGAGCAGGAAAGGCACUGACCUCGACCUGGUAGAACAGUUCAACCUCUACGAGAUAUCUCUCCGCCAUGAGGACGGAGACGAUGAUGCCCAGUUGCCUCCCAGCGUCCGCAAGGAUCGCCGGCGGGCCAGCGUUGGUGGCAACAACGAGAGGCGAGGCCUGGAAAGAAGACGCAGCCGGAGACAUUCGCUCCAAAAUAGCAGAGGCCACGCUUCUGCUCCAGCAUCACCCAGCAACCCUCAUACUCACACAAGCAGCUUCCUGCCCUUUGGUGGCCAACGUGUUGAAGACAUUAGUGAAAGAGAAGAGGAAGUGGAAGAGGAAGAAGAGAAGGAGGAAGAGGAAGAGGAGGAAGGAGAGGAGGAGGAAGAGGGAGAGGAGGAGGAGGAGGAGGACGAGGCAGAUGAUCAAAGUCAUCCAGUCACUGAGUCCUCUAGAAAGGGCGCUCACAGUGUGGCUCCGGCUGUAGCAGACACUCCUAACAUGUGUUUGAACUUAAAUUGUUUGGCCAACAUCCUCCCUAAUGCCAGUGACCAGCCAGGGCACAGAGAAUAUCUCAGCACCAAGACCAUAACAUCUCUUCCUGUGUCCGUCGCACCUAAAAAGAGGACCUUUAGUCUUCGGGGUGUUCCUCCCCAGCCACCUGACUCUGUCUUCGGUGUUGCUCUGAGUAGAGUGCCACGCUCAGCACACCCUCAGUGUCAGUCUACCCCAGGCUUAGCCCUCUUCCCUCCCCUUCCCUUUCGACCUCUCCCUGUGUCCCCUGACUUGAACCAGAGCCAAGUGUCUAUCGGGGCCGAAGAGAGUGACAAGGGCCAGGACAGAGAAAGGCUCUACAGUCUGACAGAUAUAAACAACUCUCUUACAUCUUACACAACUAGAAAACCCUGCUGGGCUGACAGAAUCAGUGGCAAAGGCAGUCCAUACCCUGGCAGGCACCAGGCUCCUAUAUCACCCAUCCAUUGCUUCACUAGUUCAGCAACCUCCACACCAGACUCCAAACCGGUUGACAGACCUCUUCUAGGGGGCUUGCUAACUUCAUCAUACCGACAGCAUCAAGAGUCUCUGGCUGCAGAGAGAGAGAGGAGACGCCUGGAAAGAGAAGAGCGUCUGCAGAGAAUUGAAAGAGAUGAGAGGAACCGCUUAAAUCAAGAUUAUGCAGACAAGAGGGAAGAAGCAAGACAAACCAGAGAGAAAAGGUACAAGUCUGUGGAGAGGCUAGCUGCAGAGGAGUUUGAGCGGGAGCGCCCCAGGUUGCCAUCGAGAGGACGGACAGAGAUCACUUUGUGUUUGAGUCCCAACCCUGCCAGCCGCUCUGCAUUCCGCUGUUCCACAACGCCAUCCAUUAUCUCACAGGAAGACACUGCACACCAGACGUCAGGAACAGAACAUAUCUCAGAGCCAAACCUUGACCCACAGACAAGAACCAAAAGUCCAGCGCCAGAGUUAACAGUAUCAGAACCUUCCCCCACACCUCCCUCCGAGCCAGACAAGCAGCAGACUGAGACAGAGGAUGUUGCUGAGACUCUGUCCAGCCAGAAUGUAGUGGCAGAGGCGACGCCAGAUGAAAAGUCAGGCAUGGAGAAAGAAGAGAGCCAAGAGCAGGAGAUGCUGAAAGAACAGAUACAGUGCAUGGAUGAAGUAGAAGUAGAAGAGCAGGUAAUGGAGGCCGAGGUAGCAGAUGUAGCAGAUGUGGGAGAGCCAGAAGUGGAGGUGAAUGUCGAGUUAGAAGAGGUGUUUGAGAAGGACCAGCCGACGGAAAGGGAUGUAGAAGACGGUGUGCUCCUUAGCGAGAAGGAGAGACAGAAUGAGGAGGUGAAUGAAAAAGACAACUGCUCUGCAUCCAGCAUCUCCUCCACGAGUAGCACUCUCGAGAGGGAGGAGCGGGAGGAGAAACUCACCAAUGACACUGAAGCAGGCCAAUGGACCCAGUGCAUUAAAGAUGCAGAUGUUAACGACCAGUGCAACAAAAUACUCAACAACAAGCGCUUCAUGCUGGACAUGCUCUAUGCGCAGACAACAACCAGCACUGAUGAAGGGAAUGUAGCAGAAACAGAGAAAGAAAACUGUAAAUGUGAGAAGGAGACAGAGGUCAGUGACCCCUCUGUGGCUAGCUUGGCCAGCAGGAUCUCCACACUGGAGGCUCACAGACAGGCCAGAGAAGAAAAUGUGAAGAAGAUGGAGGUGGGACAUCUGGACAAGCAGGGCAGUGUCCGAGCAGUGGCGGAGAAGUUUGGAGAUUUGGUCAAAGGUCUAACGUGUCCUUCUGAGGUUGAGGUCUCAAAAGAGCAGCAGCAGAUCGACAAAUCACCAAGCGUUGCCUCGCCAAGCCUUCCCCCUAAGAAAGAGUCAGACUAUAUCUGGGAUCAACUGAUGGCCACACCCAGGGAGCUGCGGAUAAAAGAAAUGGACUUCACAGACCUGCAGGAUGAGGAUGACAUGGACAUUUUAGAUAUAGACAGUGUAAUGGGGUCAAGUGACCUGAUACCACCACCUCCCCCUCCACCAUGCAAUGCUGCCCUUCCACCACCCCCACCCCUGUUUGGGUGCCCCCCUCCUCCUCCCAUCCUGGGCAAGAUGAUGCCCCCACCCCCACCAUUCAUGCCCCCAAUCCCACCCCCCUCCCCCCAGCUGAGUCGAGGGGAUAUGCCUCUCUUCCAAAAGAAAAAGAAGACCAUUCGUCUCUUCUGGAAUGAAGUGCGUCCCGUGGACUGGCAGUGUAAGAGUCAUAAAUUCUGUAAGGAGUCCCUCUGGUCCAAACUGGAGCCAGUUAAACUGGACACGUCCAAGUUGGAGCAGCUGUUUGAGUCCAAAUCCAAGGAGCUGCCUGUCACAAAGAAAGCAGCUGUUGAUGGCAAACGACAAGAAAUCAUAGUCCUGGAUUCAAAACGCAGCAAUGCUAUAAACAUUGGCCUGACGGUCUUACCUCCUCCUCGCACCAUUAAGACCGCUAUCCUCAACUUUGAUGAGUAUGCACUGAACAAGGAAGGCAUUGAGAAAAUCCUGACAAUGAUCCCCACAGAGGAGGAGAAGCAGAAGAUCCAGGAGGCUCAGUUGGUCAGCCCUGAUAUUCCCCUAGGUAGCGCUGAACAGUUCCUUCUCACCCUCUCCUCCAUCACAGAGCUUUCUGCUCGCCUGCAGUUGUGGGCAUUCAAGAUGGACUAUGAGCUUAUUGAGAAGGAAGUGGCAGAGCCUCUGCAGGACCUGAAGGAAGGGAUGGACCAGUUAGAGAAAAACAAGACACUCCGGCACAUCUUGACCACGCUACUGGCCAUUGGCAAUUUCCUCAAUGGCACUAAUGCUAAAGGCUUUGAGCUGAAUUACUUGGAAAAAGUCCCGGAGGUAAAGGACACGGUUCAUAAGCAGUCCCUGCUGCACCACACCUGCUCCAUCGUGGUGGAGAAGUUUCCAGACAGCUCUGACCUCUACUCUGAGAUCGGAGCCAUCACCCGCUUGGCCAAGGUGGACUUUGACCAGCUUCAGGACAAUCUGGCCCAGAUGGAACGUAGGUGCAAAGCAUCAUGGGAUCACCUCAAGGUCAUUGCGAAACAUGAGAUGAAACCAGCAUUGAAACAAAAAAUGUCCGACUUCCUCAAAGAUUGUGCAGAGAGAAUUAUUAUUCUGAAGGUUGUACAUCGAAGAAUACUCAACAGGUUCCAUGCCUUUCUGCUGUUCCUGGGCCAUCCGAUAUAUGCCAUACGGGAGGUCAGCAUUCAUCGAUUUAGCAAGAUCCUGAGUGAAUUUGCCCUGGAGUAUCGCACAACAAGAGAGCGCGUGCUACAACAGAAACAAAAGAGGGCCAACCACAGAGAGAGGAACAAGACCAGGGGGAAAAUGAUAACAGAUAGUGAGGAUGAAGAUGAUAGUGAGAGUGGUAAAUUUGGCGGCGGCCCAUCAGACGCACAGGACAGCCAGUCUCAGGGUAUCCAGUAUGCUGAAGAUGCAGCUGAACAUGAGAACAUGAAGGCCGUACUAAAGAGUAGCCUGCAGGGCGGAGAGAGCGUGACAUCCACGGUGCCAGGCCUCCGUACACGCACCAGAGCCAGCAGCACCCGAGGGUGUGUUCCCCCAUGGUGCUCUGCCAGUGACGACCCAGUGAACUGCACAGAUGAUACAGCUGAUGAGAUCAUGGAAAGGAUUGUUAGGUCAGCCACUCAGGGGCCCAGCCAGCGGACACAACCUCGGGAGAGGAGACGAUCCCGAGUCAACCGAAAAUCUUUGAGGAGGACACUGAAGAAUGGUUUGACAACAGAGGAGGCAAAUGCUCUUGGCUUGUCCAGUGGUUCAGAGAUGCAGGUGUGAGGUGGACAUAAGGAUGUCUGGGAGCCCUUUCACUGCCCCUCCAAUUCCUACUCCUAACCUGGCAACCCACUCCACUCUGGCUUGGCACUGAAAUCCCCGCUAGCUUCAAUGAGUUGACCUCAUCUUUAUGCGUUUGGUACAAAGGCUUCCUAAAGGUUUUUAUUCAUGAACUAACGGUCAGAGAGAGCAGAAAUGGAGCGCUGAAUCCAAACCACUAAGCUUUGCUAUUGCUGAAUAAACAUCAAUGACAUGCACUCAGAAGGCUUACUCACAAUUACCCUUUGAACGUGACAUUGCAUACAAUCACACUGUGCAAAAGUGUUUUCUACGGUGGAGGGCAUCAAAAGAGUUGGCAGUGUAUGAUUCAAUCUCAGUGGCCUUGACUGAAUCCAAAGGGCAAGAAGUGUGGUACAGACACUAAACUCUCCACUGCUUGGGUUUAGUGUCAGCCCUUCAGCUUUAGAGAAAAUUAAAGACAUUUCAUCUGUUGAAUAGAUGGCUUUAUGCAGAGGGUUAUUCUGUUAUAUACUACUGUAGUAGUUUUUUUUUCUUUCAUUUUGCUCAAGAAGGUGCUCAAAUAAGGAAUAAUUGCACUGGAUGUAAUAGUUGGGUAUCAAUGGAAUGUGAAAUCCUUGACACUGAUGAACCACUGACAUCUGAAAAAUACUCAACCGUUUAACCAGCAAAUCAACAGUAGCACAGUUUUUAAUGUCUAAUCAAAGUGGACACAUUCAAGACAGAUGAGCAUCUAAAGCUCUGUCAAAUGUCUGCUAGUUGAUUGGAUAAGGAUUUAUCAGAGAAACAUCUUUUUAAAGAUCACAAUCAACAGUUGUUUUACUGCAGGUGAUACUAGUUUCAGAACAAUUCUCAACAAUUGUAGGUUGUAAACACAUGUAUUCAUCAUGUGUGAACUAUUCUCACUGAUGGACUGAACAGUUGGAGACAGUAUGAGGAAGGCAGACAAAGUGUUACAGGUGAGCAAUCAUCAGAGUUAUGUAGUUUUAUCUUCUAGAAACUAUGACCUGCACAUCUCAGAGUGCCUUUCAGAGACAGUUAUUUAUUUAGACGUUUUCAGGGACAUAUAAUCAAGAAAAUGUUAGAUGUGCAGUCUGAGCAGCAAGCAAGAGGAUAAUACUGCAACGUACAUCAUUCACGAGCUGUGAUUUAUUUUUAACCAGUGUUUUUAAACAAUUUAUUUCCAUGUUAUUUCUUGGAUAAAACGGUAUGUUAUGAAGAUAGCUUUAAUGUAUUUAUGAAAACUUAGGAUUGGUCAUGCACACUAGCUGUAUCCUGUUGCCUUACUGUGGAAUAUGGACAUGACUUGUUCUACUCUAGUCGAUAUCUCGGUAAAAUAUAACAGUUAAAAAUAGACCAGGCCAAAUUAAUAUGUAGUUGAACUGGCAUCACGGGAGAUCUGAGUUUGUCAGUAGUUGGACCUUCACCCCCUAACUAUGAAUGUGAACAUCAGGGUUUAUAUGAGUUAGUAAUAUGAAUGCACAUUAAAUGUCCAUUAUUUAUCUAUUUUAAAACAUGUAAAUCGGUAUUGAAGUGAAUAAGAAAGAGCCCGCAGAUAACUUUUAUCACGUAGGUCAAACUAUUGAUAGAGUCGUAGUGCUUUUAAUUUGGAAUGGCCUUGGCUUAAUUAAUAAUCGUUUUAGUUUAUAUCACGGCAAGGUAAAUCUAUCCACAAGCAAAUUUUCACUGGUAUGGAAACAGCCAUUGGGAGAAACAAGUGCAACAUCAUGAUAAAGCUAAAUAAAACCACACCAGCAGUACAUUAUUUUCUUUUUAAAUUAACGGAAAACUAUUCAGCACCUUAGACUCAAUAUGUAGCAUGCAACUUAGAACUGAAGUUAGCUGGGUUGGGCUCAUCGUUUCCCAGAUUGUACUGAUUUUUGUCAAGAACAAGACAGAAUAGAUGUGUAAAGUAAUAUAGGGGGAAUGCUGUAAAAGUAUGUACAUGCCAUGACAAUGUCUUUGUUGUUCCGGUUUUGUUUUUUGCUCAAUGUGUAGAUUAGUGUAUAAUAGACUAAAAGCAGUAUUAUUCUAAAUAUAAUUUAAGCAAACCAAGCCAUACUUGGUUUAAAAAGGUGUCACUUCUGCUUGAUACAAAAGGAGGUUCACGUUGGUUCUCAGAGCUUUAGGUUUGUAAUAUUAAACCUUUUUACUUCAGACUGCAAAGUUAACAUACGUAGUGAUUAAGUUCACCAGCUAGUCCUGUGGAAUCCCUUAGAAGCCUUUGAUUUCAUUGCACUCAACAUUUUCUCCUUUAACAUUAGCCCACCCCACACAUUGCUGCCUGUGCCAUAACAUCACUGUGGAACUUGGAAACAAGUGCUAUACAACCAAGGCUUUUAUUGCAUCUAUGCCCACAGCAAAAACUAUGUAACAAAUACAAUAAAAAGGCUCAUUGAAAAAUA